AUGCGGAUCAUUGGUGUUCAAGGGGAAAAACCAGCAAGGACAAUCUUCACAUCCUACCAACUGGAGGAGCUGGAAAAGGCCUUCAAUGAGGCCCACUAUCCUGAUGUAUACGCUAGAGAGAUGUUGGCCAUGAAAACAGAGUUGCCAGAAGACAGGAUACAGGUUUGGUUCCAGAACCGCCGGGCCAAAUGGCGGAAGAGGGAGAAGUGCUGGGGCAGGAGCAGCGUGAUGGCCGAGUACGGGCUCUACGGUGCCAUGGUGCGUCACUCCAUCCCGCUGCCCGAGUCCAUCCUCAAGUCUGCCAAGGAUGGCAUCAUGGAGUCCUGUGCCCCUUGGCUCCUGGGGAUGCACAAAAAGUCUCUGGAGGCAGCGGCUGAGGCGGGGAGGAAGACGGAGGUGGAGCGCCAGGCCCUGCCCAAGCUUGACAAGGGUGACAAGGAAGAGAGGGGCCCGGAUCCCAAAACCACCAUUUCCCAGGAGGAACUGAGAGAAAACAGCAUUGCUGCCCUCAGGGCCAAAGCUCAGGAGCACAGCACCAAAGUCCUGGGGACCAUCGCUGGGGACGCCCCUGCUCCAGGCAGGAAGACAGAGAUGGGGGAGGAGGCGGUGGCAGCGGAGGAUGAGCGACAGACAGAGAAGUCAAACUCAUCACAGAAGGAGGAGAAGCUGAUCUAG